UGGACGCAGUUAAGUCCCCACAUUCUGUCUGCCUUAGUCCUUCACAAGCUGAUCAAAAUUCAGGUCACGUCGCCGCUGUGUUGUGAACGCGCAUUGCUCGUACCCGCGGCCCCUUGCUGUUUCCCCAACCCCCUAAACGAGGUCUUGCAGUGAAAGGAGAAGCGGCGGAGGGAGAGGCAGCGAUAAGGAGCGCUUUGAUAGUCACAUCAGGGCAGAGAGAGCGUACUAUCAGCCCCCGGGACGUAGGCAUGGAACUAUUGGGGAGUUGCACAGCAUCAGCCUGCUCCUGAGACCCUACCAGUCCCAGGAUUUGUCUCUGAAAUUGAAAUGCAAGAGAAGAAUAACACUUUCCUGGGGUGACAGGAUGUGCAUCUUCCAGAUCUGAAACUAUGAGAGUAGGAUCCCACUGCAGGAUGCUUAUUUGGCUUUGCAGCAAAACUAUGGAUUGACAACUCAAAUAGAAUCAGAGUUACAACAUAAGAAACACCCUCUCAAUGACCUUUGGAAUUACUACAGUUAUUUAUUGGCACGAAGGACUUCGGGAAUUUAUAUUGCUGAGAAUCCAGUAAUGGCAUCGUGCACAAUGUUUCUUCACACAAGAUGGAGUUGUCCUGUAUCCUUUCUACAUCGCAUAGCCACCAUUUUCUUCAGUGUAGACUGUAGGACUGCUCUCUGGAUAUUCAGCUUUGUUGUGAGGGUCACAGUGCUGGAGGGUCAGAUCAAUUACCCAACUGUGAAUACACAUUAUGGAAAACUACGGGGAAUCCGAAUUCCCUUGCCAAGUGACAUACUUGGCCCAGUGGAUCAGUACCUGGGAGUUCCAUAUGCAAGUGCUCCCACUGGAGAGAAAAGGUUCCAACCACCAGAGCCUCCACCCUCCUGGUCUAGAAUACGUAAUGUAACUCACUUUGCCCCAGUCUGUCCACAAAACAUCCAUGGUAUAGUGCCAGAAAUCAUGUUGCCAAUCUGGUUCACGGCCAAUUUGGAUAUAGUUGCAACCUACAUCCAGGAUCAAAAUGAAGACUGUUUGUAUCUAAACAUCUAUGUCCCUACAGAGGAUGUAAAAAGAAUAUCGAAGGAAUGCACAAGAAAACCCAACAAGAAAAUAUGUAGAAAAGGAGGGGCCAAUGCAAAGAAACAGGGCGAUGAUCUAGCCGAUAAUGAUGGCGAUGAAGAUGAAGAUAUCCGUGAUAGUGGGCCUAAGCCAGUCAUGGUGUACAUUCAUGGAGGCUCAUACAUGGAGGGAACGGGAAAUAUGAUUGAUGGCAGCAUAUUGGCAAGCUAUGGCAAUGUUAUAGUAAUCACACUCAACUAUCGUGUUGGUGUUCUGGGCUUCUUAAGCACUGGGGAUCAAGCUGCAAAAGGCAAUUAUGGGCUAUUGGAUCAGAUCCAGGCCUUACGCUGGAUUAGUGAGAACAUUGCAUUCUUUGGAGGGGAUCCCCUACGGAUUACGGUUUUUGGAUCUGGAAUUGGGGGCUCAUGCGUCAGCCUUCUCACACUGUCUCAUCAUUCAGAAGGACUUUUCCAAAGAGCGAUUAUUCAGAGUGGAUCAGCCUUAUCCAGUUGGGCAGUGAACUACCAACCAGCUAAGUACACAAGACUACUAGCAGAAAAGGUGGGCUGCAACAUGCUGGACACCCUUGACAUGGUGGACUGUCUGAGGCAGAAAUCCUUCAAGGAGCUUGUGGAACAGGACAUCAAGCCAGCCCAGUAUCAUGUUGCAUUUGGCCCAGUCAUCGACGGAGAUGUUAUUCCAGAUGAUCCUGAAAUUCUGAUGGAGCAGGGAGAGUUUCUAAAUUAUGACAUCAUGUUGGGAGUCAAUCAGGGAGAAGGAUUCAAAUUUGUGGAAUGGAUAGUGGAUCACGAUGAUGGGAUAUCUGGAAGUGACUUUGAUUUCACUGUUUCAAAGUUUGUGGAUAACCUUUAUGGCUACCCUGAGGGUAAGGAUACGCUUCGGGAAACAAUUAAAUUCAUGUACACUGACUGGGCAGACCGUGAUAAUCCUGAGACGCGGCGGAAAACCUUGGUUGCUCUGUUUACUGACCAUCAGUGGGUUGAGCCUGCAGUGGUGACAGCUGAUCUGCAUGCACGCUAUGGCUCUCCAACAUAUUUCUACGCCUUCUACCAUCACUGUCAAAGUGACAUGAAACCAGCCUGGUCUGAUGCAUCGCAUGGUGAUGAAGUACCCUAUGUCUUUGGAAUCCCCAUGGUUGGACCAACUGAUCUAUUCCCGUGCAAUUUUUCCAAAAAUGAUGUGAUGCUGAGUGCAGUUGUCAUGACAUACUGGACAAAUUUUGCCAAAACAGGUGAUCCUAACAAGCCAGUGCCGCAGGACACCAAAUUCAUUCACACAAAGGCAAACCGUUUUGAAGAAGUGGCCUGGUCUAAGUACAACCCACGGGAUCAGCUUUAUCUUCACAUUGGUCUGAAACCACGAGUCCGGGAGCACUACCGUGCCACCAAAGUAGCCUUCUGGAAGCACCUGGUCCCACACCUAUACAACCUGCAUGAUAUGUUCCAGUACACCUCCACCACAACCAAGGUGCCUCAGCCUAACACCACUCCAAUCUCCUAUGCGACUAGACGACCCAAUGGCAAGGUUUGGCCAUUCACAACCAAACGGCCGGGCUCAGGCAUGUCUCCAGCUUUCAAUUCCAAUGAGCAGCAGAAGGAGAACUGGAACUCGGAACAGGACGGCGGUUCCCUCCUGAUUGAGAAUCCCCGCGACUACUCGACUGAGCUAAGUGUAACCAUUGCAGUGGGGGCCUCCUUGCUUUUCCUCAAUGUCCUGGCCUUUGCGGCUCUGUAUUACCGUAAGGACAAACGCCGUAAUGACCCCCACACACAGCCAAGCCCACAACGUAACACUAGCAACGACAUGACGCAUACACAGGAGGAAGAGAUCAUGUCACUACAAGUGAACCAAACCCACCACGAGUGUGAGAAUAUCCAGGCUCAUGAGCCCAUGAGGCUUCCUUCACUGCCGGACUACACUCUGACUCUCCGCCGAUCUCCUGAUGACAUACCCCUCAUGACCCCCAAUACCAUCACCAUGAUUCCCAACUCCUUGAUGGGGAUGCAGACCUUGCAUCCUUACAACACCUUCGCUGCUGGUUUUAACAGCACAGGGCUGCCUCAUUCACACUCCACUACCCGGGUAUAGUCCUGGGCAGAAAUCCUCCAGUAACAGGAGUGAAUGAACUCCGGGUAGCAACCCCCUCAUACAGACCACUCCACACUGCUGGAUUUUAACAAGAGUUCAAUUAACAUGUGCACUGUGCCAUCCUUACAAGAAGGCUUGCUCCCUGGGAACUUCAAAAGACACGUAUUCACAUUGGGCCUUCUUGUUCAAAGAGAUAACCUGAAGUUUUAUAAAAUAAUCAAAAUGAAAAAAAACUUUAAAAAAAAGAAAAUUCAGAAACAAAAGAAAAUGAAAGUGCUUUUGUUACCAUUGUGGGGAGGCAGCAGCAGUUGACUGCCCACAUUUAUCUCAUUGUUCACAUGCCUUAGCCCCGCACGCUGCUGUGCUCCAUGCAUUUUUUAAUCACUUUUAGAACAGUUUAGAGUAAUUAUAUUAGAACUGAUGGGAUAGUAAGAAAAGCAUGCACACAAAAGCUGAAACGCUAUGGCCAGCCGAGCCAAGAAUGUCCUCUGCAGUUUACAGAUCAGCUGCCAUAAUUUCCUGGGAACAUCAUGGAAAGACCAGAAAGUAGUGAGAACUGGGAUUUCAGCCUAAGUUAUAGCAAUUGUUCAAUAGAGCCCCUAGAAAAUUCCCAGUACAUUGUUUCUCAGUAAGGUCGUUAAGAAUAACGAGGCCCUCCCUGACCUCCAGGCUCUGUAAUCUUUUGGACGCCUAUGUGUUCUCCCAUUGCUACCUACCUGUUCCUUCCUCAUUCAUUUAACCGGGGAAACACUUUGAAUUUUUGUGACUCAAAAAGAACCUAACAAACAUUUUAAAGAUUUUUUUUGUUCAGGAGCUGGUGGCAACUCUUCAAGUACAGCAAAUAAUGCAGCUUUAGAUAGUGUGCACCCCCUAAUCUUUUUAAUACAAGGUGAAAUGUGACAUGUGCCAAAUUAGAACCAGCAUUUUUUUGCGGGGGGUAUGGAGGGUUGUUUUUAACUGUAUCUGUCUGUUUUGUAUUUUGGUAUAAGCAAUCUGUUGCUGUCUGUUACUCUGUGUCAUGCUUGUCUGUGUUUGAGAUGGUACAGAGGGGGACAGUGCCACAACACGCUCCCAAGUUUUGAGGCUUUUAAAUUCAAAGUCAGGCUCCUUUCCAUGUACUCAGUCCAGGCUUACAGAACCGUGCUGUCAAAGGAAUACUUAUUUCAAACCCAUAUCAGGCACCUCCCCACAGAAGCCAGACUCCAGGCAAGUGUAAAAAAAAAAUUUCAAUGCUGGGGAAUUUCUGUUUGAAUUUUUAAGCAGGCUCUUCCCUCCAGAGUUCAUACUUGUCAUGCAUAUUUUGAGUCUUAUUCCUUGUCCAUGAUUUAUUUACAAGUUCAUAUUGUGAGUGUGUGUUUAAUGAGAUUGGUUUGAAAACUUUCAGUUGAUUCUCAGUGUGCCCAUUGGGUAAAAAGCAGGUACAAAGUGUGCCAAUUUCUGAGGGCAGUGUUGCUUGCCCCAGGGCACCUGACAAAUGUCUGCCCCCACAUUGGGUUAAGCAGUUUUUGAGAGUACUAUUAGCCAUUUGAAACAGAUAUUAGGCCCCGUACACGUGUAAAAACCUGUUUUUAGGAUUCCUCUGGUAAAUGGCCUGUCCCGAGUAAAACAUGCACCAGAAAAAAACUUGCUUAAGACAUUCAGCAGCCAUUAUGAUGGAGUAACAGUCACCAGGAAAAAUAAUGUAUACUUCUCCAUACUUUAACAUGAAGCAAGGAGAUACAGGAACAUUCAUGCUCAAGGAUUACUGCCAGUCAUGGUCACCCCUCUGUCAUUCCUUCACCAGUGAAACAAGCAGCCCAAAAUCCACAUUCUUUAAAUCAACUCGCUGCCAUUUGAGGCACAACAGGCCUAUAUACCAAAGCAUGAGCUGAGACUGCUGUCAGUUUCUGGAAAGUUGUGAAGCUUUCUUGUAGACAAUAAAUGGCCCAUGACCAGUUUGUUCUCCAUGAUCUCUAUCUCAUCAAUCCCAGCAGUCUGUGGGAGAGAAAGAAGACAGUCUUCUCAUAAAUAUAAACCCACAUCCAAUUAUAAAUAACUCCAGCCUUGCUCAAUAACCUAAUCCAAAUGAAACACAGCUCAUGCAUGAAAUUCUGGAGAUGCUUAGAAUGUCUCCUUGGAAGAGACUUUAAUAAUUCUAAGCAUUUGCAGCAUUUUCCAUUCGAAUAUACAUGCAUCUGGCAUUGUUAUUACAUUUGUCACACAUAAGUAACUACUCUUGAGUAGUUAGAGGUGAGCCGCUUUCUUGAACUUCUGCAGAUUUCAAUGGUAGGUCCAUUGUGAUGUUUGGUAGAGAGUUCCAUGAUUUUGGCCCAGUGAUUGACAGUGAUUGACCUACAAUAUGGUUCCAACUCAGCAGUAUGUGUGAUUUGAAGGGGACUUUGCAGUUAGCGGUAUUUAUAGAAUCCCUACAGUGUGGAAACAGGCAAUUUAGCCCAACAAGUGCUUACUGACUCUCUGAAGAGCAUCCUACCCAGACUCACCUCCCCAACCCUAGCCCUGUAAUCCUGCAUUUCCCAUGGCCAGUCCAUCUAACCUGCAUACCUUUGGGCUGUGGGAGGAAACCAGAGCACCUAGAGGAAACCCACAAAUACAUAGUGAGAAUCUGCAAACUCCACACAGUCGCCCGAGGCUAGCAUUAAACCCAGGUCUGUUGCACUGUGAGGUAGCAAUGCUGACCACUGAGCCACUCUGCUGUCCAUUGUGUGUUCUCAAGCAUCCACAGCCCCUGUCCUUCUGUGUGAUAGAGGUUGGUAAUUUAGAAGAUGCUGUUGACUUGUUCCUGAAUCUACUUGCCAGCAGCUGAAAAUAGAAAGUUAUCAGAUAUAGUGCCAAGGUUUGGUUGGAAAUCUCAAUUUGCUGUGAUAACAAAUAAUCGAACCAAUGUCCUAGAAAGAAUACAAAAUCAACAUCCACAAUUGCGGUCAAUCCUGCCUGAGCUGGUUCUUGUCUGACUUUGAACCACAAAUUAAGUUGCUCCCGUGUAAAACAAAACCAGCAUGUCUACCAUAUCCUACCUACAUCAGUAUUCUUCUAUCUCUAACCCUCCAAAUUCAAUUUUUAUUUAUAUCCAUCCCUCCAUAUUCAGUUCGUCAAUAUAUUAAACUUUCAUUUCUGCUUUUCAAUAUCUAUUCUUCCGUUGUCCACAGCUUUUAUCCUUAGCUCCAAUCCUGCUGUUUAUCAUCCCAAAUCCAAUCUUUCCUUUUUGCCUUUACUACUGCAUCUGAUCCUUUGUUAACUGUUCUUAGUGAUCCCAUUAACCAACCACUGAAUAGCACUAAAAGUCGAUUCUGUUGCAUGUAGAUUAAUUCCCUUUGGCUAAUGUUUUCUUUUAUGAUUAACAUGUUCUUUUGGGUGAGGUCUAAAGAAGCCCCACUACGAUCGUCUAGUAAAUUCUAAACUGUUUUUCACAUGCCGGACAGCAGUAAAGCAUUUGAUGUAAAGUUUACUUUUGCUUGCCUUCCGUGCAAAUUGCAAUGUCAUGUUGCAUUUCGACAAAGAAUGAUCAUCAGGUAAUUCAGCUAAUUAUACUUGAUACAUCCUCUAGGCAUCUUGAUGAUUUCAAUUAUACAAACUCUGACAUUGGCUUAUAGGACUUCCUGUGUGAUUUUUUAGACCUGAGGACAGGAAGUCAAUGCCAUUGUGUGGAAGCAAAUAUUAGGAUAUCAGUAAUUGUCAAGAAGGAGGUUUCAUAUUUUCUUGCGAUAUUUUGGAUUGAGUUGAACAUUUAAGUCAACAGCAACUACCAUUCUGGGAGUCUGCAAUUGCUCGUUACUGGAUUGAAGUUUGGGAAAUCUGUUUGGCGCCAUUUUGGCUUUCAGUUUUACUGUGUGUACUUCAGGAUUGGAAGUAGGCUGUAAGAUGAGAUGUGAAGCUAUAUUAGUUGCUGAAGGACUUUAAAGAGGUGACUGCUCCCUAUGCUGGAUAAGCAUCUCACUCAAACAUCUGGGUUCAGAGUAACAGAGACUAUGCUUUACCUGUUUUUGAUGUUAAAACUUGUCAACCAGUGCACAUCUGGAACAAUAUAGGACAAAGGGAAAAUAUUCCGUUGUGUGUCAUAGACAAUUCUUUGAAUAUUGAAGUGUGCAGAUGCCUAGGUCCUUUUCUAUCAUGUUCAAACUGUAUCGACUAAGUAUGUUUUUAGUUUGAGGCUGAAUCUUUCAUUUAGAGUGUAAGCGCUCUAAAUAUUUCUUAAUUCACAUUAUUCUCAAUAAACUGAACAAUUAAAAAAUCAAUUUCCAUUAUUAUUUUGAUGCUGAAAUACUCCUACGAAGCUUAAAAGGUAAACUGCAACUCCGACUGAAGGGAAAACUGCACAAAAGGAAAGCUGAUCUGUAGGUACAAAGUUGUUUUAUCUAUAUAUAAAACCUAUAUUAAGAUAUAUAAAUAUGAACUAUGAUUUAAACAUAUCAAAUAUGACAUUUUUCUGAAAUAUCAUUCAUUCUAUUUGUGUCUGAAAUUAUAUUUUUAAAAGGUCCUGAAAGUAAAAUUAAAAAGUUUUGGCAAGAUUGUCCACAGAAAUGUCUAUCCUAAAUGAUGUUAACUAGUUUUUAGUUGCUGGAAGCCACUCAACAGCUAUCAGUUGUCAGAGAUUCAGGGACACCUUAAAAUGGUGUCAGAACACCUCAGUUACCUGUAAUAUUGUGAAUGAGCCAAUGUGAAUUGUGUCUGUGUAUUUCUGCUGUCAAGGAUAAUACAAUGCCUAUGUAUCCAAAUUGUUACCUGUGAUGCAACAGGGUCACAUAAGUAAAUCAGAGCCUGAAUCCUAUGUACCACUUAUCAAGGAUCAAUUGGAAUUUUAUUUGGUCUCUGCAAAAUUUUUGUGGCCCUACUAAGUAUUCCAACGCAUUUUGAUCCCACUGAGUGAUCUCCUUUUAGCAUAUCUUUUUCUAUAUGCUAACUUUAAGCCAUAAUGUUUAUUUUAAACUCGGAUUGAUGGUGAAGCGUUUCUGCAUCAAAAUAAAAUGAUAACAAGAUGCUGGAGCUUUUGUUUAUUCUCUGAGUUGCUCCAUUUAUUUGUGGAAAGUACUCACAGUUUUCUUGUAGGUUUAUUUGUCUUUCUGAUAAUGCUGGGAAACUCAUAAAUGCAUGUUAUCAAGGCAACUGUGAUUACUUUAUCAAUGAGAGAAGUAUUCUGGUGUUCCAUGCAUGUUUUCAAGUUUCUAAUUUCCUUGCCUGAAAGCAUCAUCGUUGCAGAGGUACAGGGCAAAUCCUGUUACAAACAAGUGAAGAAGAAUAACCUCUCUUUCUUUCAUCCUUUUUCCAAUCAUGGUUUGAUUUUAACAGGUUUUUCAGUUUACAAAUAAGACGUUUUAUUGCCAAUUUAUUAUGUACAAUUUGAAAGAAUUCUGCCAGAUAGGUAUUAUCAAAGCAUACCACACAAACAUACAAUUCCCUAAGUGUUCAAAAAGUACAAAUUUACAGAGGUUAAAUUCGACCAAGUCAGAAAUGCAACAAUUAAAAAAAAAAUUCAAUGAUUGAUUAUAUCCAUAGGCACAUUUUUUUUGGCUCAAGCAAUUGGUUUGGAGUUACCGAGAUAACAAGGGGUAGAGCUGGAUGAACGCAGCAGGCCAAGCAGCAUCAGAGGAGCAGGAAGGCUGAUGUUUCGGGCCGAGAUCCUUCUUCAGAAAUGGGGGAGGGGAAGGGGAUUCUGAAAUAAAUAGGAAGAGCAAGGGAAGGGUUUAGAAGAUGGAUAAAGGAGAAGAUAGGUGGAGAGGAGACAGACAGGUCAAAGAGGCGGGAGCCAGUAAAGGUGAGUGUAGGUGGGGAGUUAGGGAGGAGAUAGGUCAGUCCACGGAGGACGGACAGGUCAAGGGGACAGGAUAAGGUUAGUAGGUAGGAGAUGGUGGUAGGGCUUGAUGUAGGAGGAGGGUGUAGGUGGGAGGAAGGACAGGUUAGGGAGGUGGGGAAGAGCUUGGCUGAUUUUGGGAUGCGACGGGGGAGUGGAGAUUUUGAAGCUUGUGAAGUCCACAUUGAAGUUAUGACUGAUGUAUCCCUUUUCUCCAACAAAACACUGCUGUAGAAAUCCAAUAGUAUUCAGCAGAGGUUGGUUCUGCUGUAAGACUGCAGACACAUUUUACUUUCUCUCUGCAAUAUACCAUCUAAGCUCUAAUCCCUGUUUUACUUACUGACUCUGGUAUAUAUUAAAGUGUUUUUUUUAAUUCAAAACUAAGUUCAAACUUUCAUAAAAUUGUUUGCACCAUAUGACCCCAUUGCAGGUUAGUAGAUGACCAUUGAAUACAGUGUGUCUGGCCCAGCUUGCUGUUGGUUAUUGUGUUAACUGAGGUAAUAUUCUUUAAAUGUUCCAGCUGUCAACUGUUGCACGAUCAGUCCUCGUUCUUGACACAAUUCACACCUCUGGGUAGAUUGUUGUCAGCCUAUGGUUUCUGUGGACCCAUGAUACAGAAUGGGGCUGACUACACAGAUAGCAAUUGGAAGCCAUUUUAAUUCGCUGUCCUUCUUUCAAUUAAAUGUCUUGUUGAAAAGUUUAAAAUGUAAGACCAGUUGAUGAGAUUUGGCAUUCACUAAGCCACCUUCAACAGCACAAUCAAGCUGUUGACCAUUACCAUCCAUAAGAACAGCAGUUGCAAAGGAACACUAGUUCCUUCAAACUCUCUUCCAGGUCAUUCACCAUCCUGACUUAGAAAUAUAUUACCAUUCCUUCGCUGUCACUUGGUUAAAAACCUGAAUCUCCCUCCCUAACCAUAUUCUGGGUGUACAUGAGAAUAGCUGGCAAGAAUUCAAGUAGGCACUUCACCGUGACCUUCUUAAGACUAUUAGGAAUGGGCAACAAAUUCUGGCCUAGCCACUGAAGCCCUUUUACCAUGACUGAAUAGAAAAAAAAUCGAUACAGCACACCUUCAGGAUACUAGUCAUUGCAUAAUGGAAACCAAGUGGUCACUUCCAUUUGUGAACCCACACUAUGGAUCAGUCUACAGCCAAAAACAAAUCAUGUUAAUACAUGCAACAAAAACAGAAAGCGCUAGAGAACUCAGCAAUUCAUUUUCUAUUUUUAUUUCUGAUUUCUAUCAUCUUGAGUACGUUGUUUUUAUUACUGCAUUGUUACCCGGAUUGAACACUUUCCAACAAUGACCUCUUAAUGGCAAUCAAGUCUCAGCUUUUGUUUAUUUCUCAUAACUGAAUAUAGUUGAAUACUUCAUAGUGCUUCAUACAAUUAAUUAACCUUGGCUGCUGUUGAAUGAACAAGUAAUAGAUAUUCUACACCAGCAAGAUCCCACAUAAAUUAUCAUUGCAAUAAACAUAUUAAUUCACACACACAAUUUGGAGAUUUUGCGUAGCUUUAGAAUAUGCGCCAGCACAACAGCACUUUGUUGUUUCUGAUCUCAUUCAUCUUAUUUCUCAUCUGGAUUGUCAUAGUUCACAAUCUAAUCAAUUCCUGUCAUUUUCCAGCUCAAAUCUGCCAAAAGAUCCAAAAGCCAAUCCAUUUGCAUGUGUCUUCUGUGCAUCUGAGUAUGGUAAAUAUUGUAUUACAUUUGAUCCUCCUGGAGCAAUUGUGCGUUUAUCUGACUGCAGUAAACAAUAUCAAGAUUGAUCACCCACAGCUCCUUUAUAUAUUCAAUAAACUCCAUAUCAGGAAUUAAUUUCUUGCAUAUUUGUAUAUCUCCCUACAGUAAGCACUAUAUCAGUGAUCAGUUGCUAGCAGUUUCAAAAUAUAUGCCUUCAGUGCUGAUCAGAAAUUGAUCACCUGCAGUUUAAACACUGACUGCAGUAAACACUGCAUCAGGUUGGGAAUUUCAUGGCAGAAUAUCUGAUUGCACCAAGCACUGUCACAUGACUACCAUGGAUUGAUCAUCUGCAAGUGUGGAUUUCUAACUACAUUGAGGAUUAUAUCAGUUUACGGUCACUUGCUGCUUCCAUGUAUUUGACCACAAUAAAUAUUGUAUCAGAGAGCAAUCAUCUGCGUUAUCUGUGUGCUCCACUCUAGUAAAUGGUACUUCAGGGAUUGGUCAUCAUCAAUGCCCACGUAUCUGAUUCGAUGAGCAUUGAUUUUAAAAACAUAAGCUGUAGAGAUGUUGCAACAUAUUACAAUGAGUGUUAGUAUAGAUUGUAAAUUAUUGAAAGAAUUUCUGAAACAGAUACUCCAGGAAGAUUGAUAUCUAACCUUAAAUUAGUGUGAACUGAUACUAGCUGCAUUUCGGAGCAAUGUAAUUGGCUUUCCUGCUCCUGGAUUAUUGAAGAGUAAAACAGUCAAGAUUUCUGCUUUUGGUUGAUAAUCGGCAAUGCUGGCUGGAGAGUACAUACCUCAGUAUCUUUUGAAGUCACGACAAGGAAAAACUAUGAUAUACCUCCACUUAGUUAGCCUAUCUUCACUCACCUUUUGGAUUUACGCAUUAACUUAUUUUGGAGAAAGUCAUUCACAGAUGUGAGCAUCAUUGACAAGGCGAGCUUAUGAUACCCAUCCCUACUUGCCAUUGACAAAGAUGGCAGCUGCCUUCUUGAACCACUACAGUCAUGUGCCAGUGCAGCCAUAGUAAUGUUAGGGAGGCCAAUGUAGAAUUUUGACCUCACAACAAAUAAAGGAAUGGCGUUAUAUUUCUGUGUGAGGAUAGUGUGUGACUAAGAGGAGAAUUUUCAAUAUCUGAAAUAUCUGUCUGUCCGUGUAGGUGCUACAGACCCUAGGUUUGAAAGUUGGCAUCAAAAGAAGCUUGACAUGAUAUUCUUGUACAUCUUGUAAAUGCUACACGCUGCAUCAUAGUGGAGGGAGUGAAUAUUUAAUGUAGUAAAUAAGAUAACAGUUAAGUGAGCUGACUUUGUCCUGGAUGGUAUUGAGUUUAUUGAAUGUUGUUGGAGCUGUACUCAUCGAGCCAAGUGAGGAAUAUUAUUUCAGUCUGGACUAUUGUCUUGUACAUGAUGGACAGAUUUGGGGAGACAGGAGGUGAGUUACUGACUGCAUAUUUCCCAGACUCUGACCUGCUUUUGUUACGCCCUAUUUACGACUUGGAUCAAAUAAGUUGCUGGUUAAUAGCAACCCUCAGGAUUUUGAUACUGGGGUUUCAGCAAUAAUAUUGUCAUUGAAUGUAAAGGGGAGAUUCUUAGCUUCUCUCUUCUUGGAGAUAGUCAUUGCCUGGCAGUUAGCUACAAAUGCUGUUCAUCAUCCUAAGUCUGGUCUUGCUGCACUACUUCAGUUUCUGAAGAUUUGCAAAUUGUGCUGAACAUAAGGUAUUCGAUCAUCAGACAUUCCCAGCUCUGACCUUAGGAUAGAAAAAAGUCAUUGAUAAAGCAGCUGAGGAUACUUAGGCCUAAGACAUUGUAGUGAGGAACUUCAGCAGUAAUGUCCUGAACCUAAGAUGAUUAAUCUUCAACAACUACAACUAAUAUAACCAGCCAUUGAAGGGGUGAACUAGUUCCCCUCUUUUCAACCUUCUUGGUUGGUUACAAAAAGUUCAAGUUCUUUUCAGCAUGAAUUUUACCUUUCUCCAAUUCAAAUGUAGCUAAUCUUUUUUUAAAAAAUCAUUACCUUUAAGCAGUCAAUUGCGAUGUUUACUUGUAUUAAAAAGGAAUAAGUUUAAUACCUGCUAACUCUGAAAAAAUAAUAAAGACAUGGCAUCAAUCCUGUAGCUUUAUUCAGUCAUUUGAGGUACAAAAAUAAAAGGGCAUGAAUCAAUGAAUGAUUUAUUGUCACAAAAAUCUUGAAGAUGCAGGGAAAAGUGUUUUGUCACCACAACCUGGCACCAUUUUGAGUUACAAUAAGCAUAAAAAGAAAUUACUUAAAUAAUUCCGUUCAAACUGGGGCCUCGACCACGGCUUCAGAGUUUCUGCAAGAUGUUCCAGCCCUCAAGGAGUCCUGCUCCGGGAACAGCAAUGACAUCACCGAUGCCUCAGGAGACCCCAGCUCUGCUGCCACCGCUGCCUUAUUAACACCGCCGAGAGCCCCCGUUCUAGGCACCGCCGCUGCCAAGAACCCAUGGUCUAGGCCUACCACUGCCAGGAGUCCAGGCACAGUGUCCAAUUGAACAGGAAUGUUGAAAAAUUAUAUUGUUUGGCAUCCACUGGGUGGAUGUGAGACAUAUGAUUUUAACUUGAGAUCAUGAUGCAUUAGUUAGUUUUGUGGAUUUUCAUAAUGUAAGGAAUAUUGCAGUUAUCUUUUAAGGCCUGUUUCACUGAAUCCUUACGAUGUUGAUGCAGGCCAUUUCACCUAUCAUGUCCCCAUUGACCUCCGUGAAAAAUAUCCCACCCAUACCUACUCUAUCCCUGCAUUUCCCAUGACUAAUCCACCUAGCCUCCACAUCCUGGACACUACGGGAAAUUUGGUAUGGCCAAUCCAACUAGCCUGCGCAUUUUUGAACUGUGGGAGGAAACUGGAGCACCUGGAGGCAAUCCGUGCAGACAUUGGGACAAUGUGCAAACUCCAUACAGAGACCCAAGGAUCGAAUUGAACCCAGGUCCCUGCCACUGUGAGGCAGUAGUGCUAACCACUGAGCCAUCAUGCCAUCUGUUUCCUAAUGUUUCUUUCCAGAUAGAGUUGCUACCUCUUGAGAGAUGGAGCAAAGAUCUUCUUUCUGGUGUUCAUUCCUGGCAUUAAAUAAAACUUCAAUCAGUGUGUAACGUUUCGGGCUGAGACCCUUCUUCAGAAAUGCCAUUGAGUUUGUUGUGUCCAGGUUUGAUCACUGGUGGCAAUGUUUCAUCACCAACGUGAAAAUGCUCAUAAUGGUGCGAAUUCAAUAGGAGGUUAUACCCUCCAUUGGGAGAUGGGGAAGUGACUUGUUUAUUGCCUUUAAUAGCUCACAGCUCUGACUGUCUAUUGUUUUUAAUCCACAUCAGUUUCAUAAAAUCUGAGCAGUGUGUGUGGGUCAGGUGAUGCCAGUGACCAUUUUAAGUCAGUGUUCAUUGGUACUUUUAAAAAACAUUUUCAUCCAUGAGCGUCCCAUGUUUCAAAUGAUGAAAUCAGUAACACAAAUUUUAUAUGAUGAUGACACACCUAUCUUUGUUUGUGAUAGAUAUGACACAUAGAGAAUUUUACUAGGACUGCUUUGUGUUACACUCAGAUAAAUUGAGGUCAAGGACAGUUAUUUUCACUUUAACGCUAGAUUUCUAUUCUUUUCUUUGUGUCUGGACCAAACUUGUAACAAGGCCUAGAGCAGCGUGGCCCUGACAGAUCCCGGAGUAAGAACUUAGAGGAUAGUUGAUAACUAUGGACUGGUACUCCAGUAAGAUGUCAGUGUGUUUAGGAAAGAGAAAUAAAAUGGAGGGCUGUAAUACACAAUGCAUGUGGAAAAGUUGAAUUGGAAAGUAUGUUGGAAAAUUAUUGUUGAAUUCAGCUUGAAAAAUUAUCUAAUUAGAAUCAUUAUAAACGUAUUCUGAUUUUUGUAUGUGAUUGUGGCCUCAUAAUAAAGUUGUUGUAACAAUAGUAAUUUGGCAAAUGGACAGUGAGAUUAGAUAACUGAAAAGCAUCGGUGGCUAAUUAGACAAUCUCUGGUAGUCAGGUCUGCAUUUGGUUAUCUGGACUAUCUGGAACACUGGGAAUUGAAGGCAGCUAUUGGUUUAUCUGCAAUAUGUAUUUCAGUGAAUUAGAUUAAUUGCAAACAGAAGAUUAAUUAUCCUUAAAAUAAAUCUUGAGAGCACAAAGGGACGGCAAGCCUUGUACAUGGUAAAGUGAAAGCAAAAUAGGCAAACACAUUUGACUUGGCUACAUCCCAGCUACAAUGUGUAUUGUGCUCAUGGGAGAUGCAAUUUUCCUCUGAGCUUAGAUGACGAUAGUCAGUUAAAUCAGUUGUACCUGCAGUUUAUUACAAUCAGGGAUCACAGAACUGACCCAAAACUACUUAUACUCAAUCAAUGACACCUGAGCACAUGCACAAUCUCAUGUUCACAUUCAUACAAAUACAGAAACAAACACGCAAAAGUAUUAUGCACUCAACCACCAUUCGCACCAACUGAUGCGGCCUUUUCCUUCGCAUAUGUUACACUCAUCCCAAUCACACUGAAGGACAAUCAUUCAUAUUCAUUCAACUCCCUAAUACCCAAGCGCACACGCUCACAAUCUCACACACUCAACUCUAUGUAUAAUCCAUCCCACUUACACAUCCAAUAACACACACAGUUACUUUCACACACAUUCUUUUGUUCAGCAGUUUGUGGAUGUUUUUACAUCUGUUUGUCUGCUUCCUGUAAUGUAGCAAAAAAUAGGAUAUCUUUCACAACAAUGAAACAGACAGGGUCUGUCACUAAAAAACAUAGCCAGAUUAUUAUACAUUUAAUCAGGUGAUAGAAUGUUAUCAUUUUUACUUUGAAUUGAAUUAGUAUGUAUUUAUUGAUGUCUGUAAAUAAAAGUUUAAUCUGUAUGUGCUUAAUAUUUUGGGAUGUUCUGAUCAAUAUCUCUUUUUAUUCACCUAUCUCUUUCUUACUGGCCCUGUAACUAAUCUC